AUGAUUUCAACAAUCGGCACAACAACAAUACAAGCCGCGAACGGCGGGACUCUGUCCACAACUACAGCACCAAACUCGUUAGUCAUGAAUCCUACGUCAAUGUUGGUAGAAAUGAAAAACUUCAUUCCUUCUUCAUAUACUUUCGAAACAAAAAUCCAGAAGAUAAAGCAAGAACUUUUAACAAAUAAUUUAGACUGUAGUGCGAAAGAUGAAACAAAUGAACAGUAUCUUUAUGAAAUGCAGGACAUUAUUGACCAUUUACCCAAAUUGCCUGAAAUCCAACAACAAAAACUCACUAUUCCUGAAUUCGACGAAAUUGAAGUGAAACCAACUGACUCAGUAGAAAUAAAGAAGUUCA